AUGAAUCAGGUCACAAUUCAAUGGGAUGUGGUAAUGGCUCUUUACAUACUUUUCAGUUGGUGUCAUGGAGGAAUUACCAAUAUAAAGUGCUCUGGCCACCUCUGGGUAGAACCAGCCCCAAUUUUUAAGAUGGGUGUGAAUAUUUCUAUAUAUUGCCAAGCUGCAAUUAAGAACUGUCAACCAAGAAAAUUUUAUUUUUAUAAAAAUGACAUCAAAGAAAGAUUUAAAAUGACAAGGAUAAAUAGAACAACGGCUUGGCUUUGGUAUAACAACUUUUGGGAACCACAGACCUUUGUGUACUGCACGGCUGACUGUCCUGGGUAUGUUCAAGAGACACUGAUAUGUGGAAAAGACAUUCCUUCUGGAUAUCCACCAGAUGUUCCAACCAAUGUAACCUGUGUCAUUUAUGAAUACACAGGCAACAUGACUUGUACCUGGAAUAUGGGGAAGCUCACCCACCUAGACACAAAAUACACAGUGCAUGUGAAAAGUUUAGACACAGAAGGAGAGCACCAAUAUGUCACUGCAGGCUAUAUUAACAUCUCCAUUGACUCAUUACAAGGUGGCAAGAACUAUGUGGUUUGGGUUCAAGCUGCAAAUGUGCUAGGCACGGAGGAGUCAGAACGGCUGCAAAUUCACCUGAAUGACAUAGUGAUACCUUCUGCUGCCACCAUUUCAAGGGCUGAAAAUGUAAAUACUACAGUGCCCAAGACCAUAAUCCACUGGAAUAGUCAAACAGCCAUUGAAAAGGGUUCUUGUGAAAUGAAAUACAAGGUUACAACAAACAACACUUGGAAUGUUAAAAGAUUUGACACCAAUUUUACAUAUGCACAACAAUCGGAUUUCUACCUGGAGCCAAACGCUAAGUACAUGUUUCAAGUGAGAUGUCAAGCAGCAGGUAACAGGUAUUGGCAGCCAUGGAGUUCACCCUUUUUCCAUACCACGCUCAAAACAGUUCCCCAGGUCACACCAAAAUCAUUCCAACAUGAGACGCAGAAAUCUGGGCUUUUAAUCGCUUCCAGCUUUAAAGGACACUUUACCAUUGACAAUAAACAACAAGACAUUGGACUUUUAUUAGGAAUGGUCUUCUUUGCCAUUAUGUUGUCCAUUCUUUCUUUGAUCGGUAUAUUUAACAGAUCACUCCGAACUGGAAUUAAAAGAAGAAUCUUAUUGAUAAUACCAACAUGGCUCCGUGAAGAUAUUCCCAAUGUAGAAAAAAGCAAUGCUGUGAAAAUCCUGCAGGAAAAAAGUGAAUUUAUGAAUAAUAAUUGCAGUGAACAGGUCCUAUAUACUGAUCCCAUGAUUACAGAGAUAAGAGAAAUUUUUCUCCCAGAAGAACACAAGCCCACAGACUACAAGAAAGGAAAUAAUACUGGAACCCAGGAGACGAGAGACUGCCUGCAAGAGUCACUACUCACCAAUGCUCCAGUUGUGUAUAUCCCUGAUCUCAACACUGGGUAUAAACCCCAGAUUUCAAACUUUCUUUCUGGGGGGAACCCUCUCACUAAGAAUAAUGAAACAGAUUCUUCAACUCUUAAACCACCAGUUGAUUCCUUGGAUUUGGGAGAAAAUUCCACAUUAAGAAAGUAUCCCAAUUUUGUUUUUUCUGUCUCAAGUAGGAAUUCUCUAGGCAAUGUACUAUUUCUCGAAGAAUUAAGCCUCAUUUUAAAUCAAGGAGAAUGCAGUCCUCAUGACAUGCAAAAUUCAAUAGAGAGGGAAAGCGUCACUGAAACUAUUCCAGAACAGACCCUGCUGCCUGAUGAGUUUGUCUCCUGUUUAGGGAUCAUGAAUGAUGAGUUGCCAUCUAUUAAUCCUUAUUUCCCACAAAAUAUUCUGGAAGAACAUUUCAACAAGAUUUCACUCUUGGAAAAAUAG